CUCCUAAUAGGGGAGGAGAACGAGAACACAUGACAAGACAGAAACUGCAUUUCUGUUAGUCCAUAAAGCACUUGGAAGACUGCUUUGCUUUCCCAUCAGGCAUCCUGCAUUCUGUUCUCCUACAAGGAACUUUGAUUAUAUUAUCCGAAGAAUCACCGAUUAAAAUAUUAAAAACUGCCAAGAGCUGUGUGGCUGCUGAAAAAUGUCUUCAAUCUUAAAAGUAUUUGGGAGAGAAGACAAAGAGAAAGAUAAGAAAAAGGAGAAGGAAAAGGAAAAGGAAAAGAUAAAAGAGAAGAAAGAUGGAGACAAAGAGAAAAAGAAGAAGAAAGAGAAAAAGCAUGACGGACAAGAAGAUGACAGCAGCAGCAGCAGCAGCUCAGACAGUGAUUCUGAGAAGGGUCACAAGGAGAAAAAGAAGGAAAAAGACUAACCUUGUGGUUACGUACAGCUAACGCAGAAACAGCAGCAGAGUUCCCCUCAGUGCAUUUGAUAACAUUCUACCUGAAAGAGGAACAAAAAAUCUCUGACUGUUACACUCAAAAUAAAAUAACUUGGUUGUUUUGUACAUGAAAGUACAACUUCCUUCAUAAGAA